CUGAUAACAAAAUCAGACAAAAAUCCUGAAUGUUUGACUUCAUGUCUUUUUGUUGAAUGUAGCUUAGACCUUAGCUAGACCAAUUAAUUCCUCGUUGAAGGUGUAUAGGAAAUAGCGGAGGAAAUUUACAUCACAAUUUAAGAACACAUAUUUCCAUGUAAGUUCCUUUAAUUUUCUUUAAAACUAUAUAGUCCAGCAUCAAAAUUAGGGACCAUGAGCGAUAAUAUGGAUUCAUUCUCUAUUUUUGGAGGAAGAGCUAGAUAUGUGAUGAUAAUGUUUCUUUUCUUUUUUCUACUUCCACACAAAACUUAUCCCAAAUCCCAGCCUUGUGUUUCUUCUUCCUGUGGGAAAAUUUCCAACAUAACCUAUCCAUUCCGACUAAAACACGACCCCGACCACUGUGGCAACCAUAAGUACGAGUUGGAUUGUGUGAACAACGUUACGGUAUUGAAGUUAUUUGAUGGUGAAUAUUUUGUAGAAUCAAUCAAUUACAACAAUUACACAAUCCGAAUUGUUGAUCAUAACAUUCAACCCAAAAAUUGCUCCCCUCUCCCCCGCUUCUUCUUAUACCGCCGCAAUUUCACUUAUUAUAAAACGUAUCCAUACACCGAGUACUUUGACUAUAAAAAUAAUUCAUACCAGUACACCUUAAAUGUAUCGGAUACCAUGCCUAGUUAUUAUAUAAUUGAUUUAUCUAUGCCUGUAAUAUACAUGAAGUGUACAAGUCCACCUAGUAAGGUUGUGGAUAGAUAUUAUGCGGAUACUGCUUCAUGCGUGGAUCAAUACACAUACGUUAUUGUUGGUGACCCACCAUUUGGAAUUUUGGAGCCUCAAUGCCGUGUCAAACUUGUUACUCUCACAUCCUUAUGGGGAGGUUCGAAUUCGAACCACUACUACCGCAACAAUAUUAUAGGUAAUCUUUCAUACAUUGAUAUUCACAAGGGGUUAAGCUAUGGAUUUGAAAUUUCAUGGAUGCAAGUCUCCUGUCAUUGUGAUGAAUGCUAUCUCAAUAAUACCAUCGGCGAGCUUCAGUGUGGCAUACCCUAUUGUCCUUUUGACUCUUGUGGAUAUUGGGCAACCAAGUUCCGCCUUCUGUAUGAUUAUGUUGGUGGAAUUUACGACGGACUUCGGGAGCUGACAGGCAUGGAUAAGGUAGGACUUCUGCAUCUGCUAGACGAUAGGACGGAGGGAGUAUAUAAGUCAAGUAUUGACAUAUACAAAGCAGGAAUAGUUACAGGAAGAUAUGUUUUGCCAUACCUUGCAGCUAAAGUUAUAUUGGGCAUCAUACUUUUCUCUGUGUUGUUGAUCUAUACAUACCGAAGAAGACAUGCAUCAAUAUAUGAAAACAUCGAAGAUUUUCUGCAAGGUAAUACUCUUAUGCCAAUAAGGUAUUCAUACAAAGAGAUAAAGCAGAUGACAAAAGGUUUCAAGGUAAAAUUGGGUGAAGGAGGUUAUGGAGAUGUGUAUAGAGGAAAUCUAAUAAGUGGACCAUUUGUAGCCAUAAAGAUGUUGAAGAUAAAAUCAAAUGCUACUGGGCAAGAAUUCAUAAGUGAAGUUGCAACCAUAGGAAGAAUAUACCAUUCAAAUGUCGUAAGACUUAUUGGGUUUUGUGUCGAAGGAUCAAAACGCGCUCUUGUCUAUGAGUACAUGCCCAAUGGCUCACUUGACAAAUAUAUUUUCAACAAAGAGGGAGCUAUAUCUUUAACUUACAACCAAAUAUACGAGAUAUCUCUUGGAGUAGCGCGUGGAAUUUCUUAUCUGCAUCAGGGCUGUGAUAUGCAAAUAUUACAUUUUGAUAUUAAGCCUCAUAAUAUCCUUCUUGAUGAAAAUUUCGUCCCUAAAGUUUCGGACUUUGGUCUUGCAAAGCUUUAUCCUAUUGACAAUAGCAUUGUCACUUUGACAGCAGCCAGAGGAACAAUUGGAUACAUGGCUCCUGAAUUGUUCUACUAUAAUAUCGGAGGGAUAUCAUAUAAGGCUGAUGUGUAUAGCUUUGGAAUGCUUUUGAUUGAAAUGGCAAGUAGGAGAAGAAAUUUGAAUCCACAAGCUGAACAUUCAAGUGAACUUUACUUUCCCUUUUGGAUUUAUGAUCAAUUGUAUAAAAAUAGAGAGAGGGAAAUGGAAGAUGUUAUCAUGGAAGAAAUUAAUGAUGUUUUGAAGAAAAUGUUCCUAGUUGCACUUUGGUGUAUACAGUUGAAACCCAUUGAUCGUCCUUCAAUGAACAAAGUAGUGGAGAUGCUUGAAGGAGAUAUCGGAAAUAUUGAAAUGCCUCCAAAGCCUUUACUAUAUCCACAUGAAACAAUUCAAGAGAAUUUUAAUAUCAACUCAGAUGAAACUGUAUCAGAUACUGGCUCUACCAGUUAUGUGGAGGAAAUUCCAACCAAUCCUUUAUUGAAGUAUUCAGCUUAAUAAUUGCAAGUAAAUUAUACCUUACAUUUCUAUUGUUACGUUGUCUUAUAACCUAAUAAUAUAAUUCAGUGUAA